AUGUUCUCCAAGCCCUCCCUCCUCGCCCUCGCGGCCCUCGCCCCCCUAACCAUCACCGCCCAAGUCAGCGAAGGCUUCGAAAACGGGUGGGACAAAACCGCCUGGCCCAUCUACGCCACAGACUGCAACCAAGGCGGCAAAGUCAGCCUCGACACGACUACCGCACACACGGGCAAGAACAGCAUUCGCGUCGAUGGCGCAGGCGGGUUUUGCGGACACAUAUUUGUUGGGACGACCAAGAUUCAGAGAGAAGAUUUGGCGAACUCCCACAUCACCCUCAUCACAAUGCCCGACCCCACCCUCGGCACAAACAAGCACCUCCGCAUAGGCGGCCAAUCCAAAAUCCUCAUGUACAACCGCGAAUCCGACGACGCUACUUUACCAGACCUCUCCCCGCAAGGCAUCGCCACGUCAAAAGCACUGCCUACAAACGCGUGGACGUGCUUUGAGUACCGGCUGGGCAGCGAUGGCAGUAUUUCUACCUGGUUGAAUAAUGUGACGGUACCUGGAUUGACGGUGGGGAACGGGGUGAGUAAUCCGAAUGCGCAGGGGUGGGGGAGGGGGAUGAAGGCACCGAAGAUUCAGGGGGUUUAUUUUGGGUGGGAGAGUUAUGGGGGGGAUGCUAAUACGGUUUGGUAUGAUGAUGUUGUUGUGGGGGGGAGUAGGGUGGGCUGUUAG